CAGGAUCGAUUUAUGGAGAGCGAGCGACAAGGUAACAGCUAUCAGAAGAAGCUUAUUUAUUUAUUUAUUUUUUAAAUACGUAUGUGGUAAAAGGCAUCGUUGAGUUUUCAUUUGCAUAUUUUAAAUACAUAAACGCAUGUGUUGAACACGGAGUUGUUGUAUAUAGCGACAUCAGAAGAUAAAUCUUACUGCCGAAAAAGGGCUGCUUGCCCCGCACCGGGCACCAGUAGUGGAGAAAGGAAGAGCCGAGAAGAACAGACUGGUCUCUUGGGGCUCCGAGCAGAUCGGCGGACCGAGUGCAGGAACGCUGAUUGAGCCUGACUUAUAUAUAUAAUAUAAAAAAGAAAACAGGAAGACAUUUUGAGCCUUCAAGCCCCUUACAUCAUUGAUUUUUCUGGAGAUGGAGGAGAUUAUUCUUAACAGAAUUUUUGUCCAGUCCGAGUAAAAUAAAGUGCAAAAUGGACAAAUUCUUGCCAGUAGAAGGUGACCUGGAACAAGAACAAUCUGUAAAUUCAAUGCAAAAAGUCAACAGUCUAACGUCACUCUGUAUCAAAGCGGAACCUGUCUCUGAGGGAUCUGAACACGUAAAAGAAGAGCUUCAUCUGAAGUGUGCGCAAAUUAAACAAGAGCUCUGUGAGGUUGAACUGUCCUCUGAUAAACUUUGGAAUCCAGGUGAGCGUUUCCCUUCUCCUGCACCUGUUAAGAGUGAGCAGUCAGAAGACCUCUUUCCAACGUGUCAGAUAGUUCACAAAGAGGAAGAGAGUGUUUGCCCCGAGGGAACAACAACUUUUCAACUGACUGAUAAUAAUUUUCAAACUGUUGUUUGGUGCACUGAAUGCGGGAAGGGCUUCAAUUGGGUAAGUAGCUUGAGAGACCACCAGAGAAUUCACACUGGGGAGAAGCCGUAUGACUGUAGUGAAUGUGGGAAGAAGUUCAGUACAUCCAGUAGCUUAAAAACCCAUCGUAGACUCCACACUGGGGAGAGGCCUUACAGCUGCACUGAAUGUGGUAAGAGCUUCAUCGCGUCCACCUACUUAAAAUCGCACCAGAGAAUACACACUGGAGAAAAACCCUACAACUGUGUCGAAUGUGGGAAGAACUUCAGUGCCUCCUCUCACCUAAAAUCACACCAGAUGACUCACACAGGGGUGAAGCCUUACGUUUGUACCGAAUGUGGGAAAAGCUUCUCUCGGUUAAACAUACUUAAGAAACACCAGAUCAGUCAUGCCGGAGACCAUUUAUACACAUGCGGUGAGUGUGGGAAAAGCUGUAUUACAUCAGAAGAAUUUGAAUCACACCAGAGGAUUCACACAGGAGAGAAGCCAUACAUCUCUGAAGAAUGUGGGAAAAGCUUCUCUGAGUUAAACAUACUUAAGAAACACCAGAUCAGUCAUGCCGUAGACCAUUUAUACACAUGCGGUGAGUGUGGGAAAAGAUGUAUUACAUCAAAAGAAUUAGAAUCACACCGGAGGAUUCACACAGGAGAGAAGCCAUACAUCUGUGAAGAAUGUGGGAAAAGCUUUCACUUCAUGUUGAACUUAAAGAAGCACCAGAAAAUUCACAGCGGCGAGAAGCCAUACAGCUGUGCCGACUGCGGCAAGAGAUUUUUGUUCCCUCGAGAUUUAAGAACACACCAGAGCAUUCACACCGGAGAGAGACCAUAUAGCUGCGUGGAAUGCGGGAAGACCUUUAGACUGUACAUUUGCUUGAAAAGACACCAGCAGAUUCACACCGGGGUGAAGCCGUUCAGCUGUGCCGACUGUGGGAAAAACUUCAAACAUUUAUUUAGCCUGAAAGGCCACCAGAGAAUUCACACAGGGGAGAAGCCUUACAGCUGUGGUGAAUGUGGGCAAAAUUUCAGUCUGCUAGGAAAUCUUCGGUCACACGAGAGAGUUCACACCGGAGAGCGGCCGUACAUUUGUCCCGAGUGUGGAAAAAACUUCAAACAUUUAUUUAGCCUGAAAGGCCACCAGAUGAUUCAUGCCAGAAAUAAACAGUGCACUAGUGGAAAGACAAAUCAGCAGGAAAAAACUAUAUAGUGUACCAUGUGGGGAAAAAAAAAGCAUGGAGUUGUAGUUGGAUAUAUUUCACAGGUUUGGUGACUACAUCAUUACACAUUUUUUUUUGUGAUUUCUCACCAAUCUGAUAGGGGGGCAUUGUAGGGAUUAUGAAGAAUUUUCUGUGCUACCCAUGAGUUCCCACCAAUCUAGUUGUUGGGUUUAUAAAGAAUUAUUUGUGAAACCCAUCUAAAAUGGGUUAAAACCUAAGUAAUCAAUAUAGACAUCCGUGUAUUCAGCGGUAACAUUUGCAGUGCAUGUACUAAUGAAAUGCAAUUCAUUUCAACAGAUGGCACAUCACAAACAUUAGCACUGCUUUUACAAAUAUCACACCAAAGACUAUAUAAGAGAGAGAAAGCAAACAGAUAACAUAGACGGACAGACACCGACAUGUGCACACACACUUCUCCUAUUAUUAAGUUGGAUGAAUGGUACAAACCUCAUGGACUGCCUGACUUAUCUUACCAUGUGCAUGUACUUAGUUUACUCACUGACAUUUUCUAAUCAGUAACCGAGAUUUAAAUACUGCUGAAAUCAAUCCUAAAAAGAAGUCAAACACUUAAUUAGUUAUGCCUGCAAGCAUACAAGAAUUAAGAAUCCAGAGCUCAGAGAAGAAUGAAACCAUAGAAACAUUCUAAACUGGGAGCUCAAUGAUAAAGUGUGUCUAGAUAGAUAGAUAGAUAGAUAGAUAGAUAGAUAGAUAGAGUGCUGAGUGGGACUGUGUUAAAUAAACGUGUGUUUUUAUAAAGAUGUGGUCUCAGUCUGGUGGUGCCCGGACAUAUCUCACACUGUAUCUCACUGUUCAUGUCCUUCAUUUAAGUGAGUUUUAUGUAACUGUUGCACAUGCACCUGGUUCAACUGUCCAUACCAAUCACUGACAUACAGUAGAUAGAUAGAUAGAUAGAUAGAUAGAUAGAUAGAUAGAUAGAUAGAUAGAUAGAUAGAUAGCAAAAGCAAUAUGAGAUUAGGGUUUUGAAAUGUCAGUUCAGAUAAGGAAGUAUUCUAAUGGGUCCCUUUUAUCCAGUUAUAUCAUAAUCAAAGGUCACAGCCUUUGAGGACACAUCCCUAGUAUUCAGUGUUUUAGCCCUAGCAACAGGAAACCAAAAUGAGCGGUGAACAUGAGUUUAUAAAAUGGCAGAUUAAACCAUCCAAAAAUAUUUUUAGAAUAAAAAUGCAAAGAAAUAGAGAAACAUUGAUACUAGAAAUAUAUUUGGCGACCCAAAAACACUUAAAACCAAAUGUAACAAUACUCACAUUGAUACAGGAACUCUUUUAAAAUUAGUUAAAAGGUACAAAUAACAAAAACGGGGAACUGGCAAAGCAAAUAUACAUAUCCCAAAAAUAUAACAAAACCCCCAAAAUUAUACAGUAACCCCAUAACUUGUAUUAAAGGGCAAAAUAAUCUUUUAUAUGUCAAAGAUUUGUUUUGCACAAAAUAGAAAAUACAAAGAAAACCUCAAAAGAGCAACGAGUGGCACAAAGGAGUUGUCAAAAAGGCAAUCCUAAGCAAACAAGUCCUAUAACAUAAUCCAAAAACAGAAUCUGUAAACGAGUACAAUAAACCAAGAAAUCCAGAAAAUCCACUACAGAAAUUUGAAUAGUCAUAGACACGCCUAUAAACAAAUGAUCUCCUGUUCCUGAGCCUUCUCCGCUCACUUAUAUAGCCAGUGGGAGGGAUCAAGAGCAGUGACAUCAGGGUGGCCCUGCCUCCUAUAGCUCCACCCUCAAAAGACAAGGAGCAGAAGAACAUUUAAAGAGACAGAAUAUUAUUAUACACAUAAUAGAAAAUACUCAAAAAUAUGCAAAAUAAUAACUUCAAAACAACUAACAUAACAAUUGAAUAUAUCAUACAGUAACUCCCUAUCAAACAUCUUUAAUAUGUGGUUUGUGUUUUCAAUCGUUUUUUAACCGAAGAAUUGUGUUUUUAUGGUUAGUUUUUAAUUUUGCCUUACUUUUAUAAAGUUUAAUAUUUCAUUUAUUUUAUUUAGAAAUCAACCUAGACCUUAGCAUAUUGGGUUUUAAAAUUUGAAAUGCACAAUCUAUUGGAAUGCAUGCUGUAAUAAGAUGCAUUGUAUUUUCAUUCCAUCAGACGAUGCAUCACAAAUGUUAGCACUGCUUUUACGAAUUCCAUAUCAAAAGGCAUAUAACAGAGACAUAGUAAGGGGAUGGGCACACAAAUACACAUCCACACACAUCAACACUUGAACGUUUGUAAAAGUUCCGAAACUCAAGCAUUUUAAGAAUAACAGUGAAUUCACAAGGGAAUGAUGCCAUUGUAUAACAAAGUUAUGGUCCAGGAUGUGGCUGGAUGACAACUGGUGGGCUUGAGACAGCCAGCAGUUAAGACAGAUUAACUCUGGGCACAUGUAGUGGUGGCAUGGCUUGGCAUGGCAUGUCAUUCCACAAACACACAUUCAAUGUCUCUUCUUCCUUAUGCCAGAUUGUGUGAAAGUGAUUAUUUCCACCCAUGGCAGAUACACCAAAUAAUGAUUACUGUACUGUGCAUUGAGUCUGUGUGUCCGAGCUGUACUUAUAAUAAUGUAUGCCAUAUAUCAUAAGUAGUCUGCCAUAUAAAUAUCAUUUUGAUAGCUCUUUUAUUUCUUAUUGUUGCAAUUUUGAUAGCCAACAAAGCAUAAAUAGUUAUACAGUGGUGUGAAAAACUAUUUGCCCCCUUCCUGAUUUCUUAUUCUUUUGCAUGUUUGUCACACAAAAUGUUUCUGAUCAUCAAACACAUUUAACCAUUAGUCAAAUAUAACACAAGUAAACACAAAAUGCAGUUUUUAAAUGAUGGUGUUUAUUAUUUAGGGAGAAAAAAAAUCCAAACCUACAUGGCCCUGUGUGAAAAAGUAAUUGCCCCCUUGUUAAAAAAUAACAAUAAAAUAACUGUGGUGUAUCACACCUGAGUUCAAUUUCCGUAGCCACCCCCAGGCCUGAUUACUGCCACACCUGUUUCAAUCAAGAAAUCACUUAAAUAGGAGCUGCCUGACACAGAGAAGUAGACCAAAAGCACCUCAAAAGCUAGACAUCAUGCCAAGAUCCAAAGAAAUUCAGGAACAAAUGAGAACAGAAGUAAUUGAGAUCUAUCAGUCUGGUAAAGGUUAUAAAGCCAUUUCUAAAGCUUUGGGACUAUAUUUGACUAAUGGUUAAAUGUGUUUGAUGAUCAGAAACAUUUUGUGUGACAAACAUGCAAAAGAAUAAGAAAUCAGGAAGGGGGCAAAUAGUUUUUCACACCACUGUAUUUCUAUUAUCCUCUUCUCUAUUAUUAAAUGGUAUUAUUCUGUUUCUUUAUCAUGAAGGUGCCUCCUUCACCAUAAUACAAGUCUAACAGCCAGAAACUCCACAAACAUGAGAAAGGUAAGGAAAAUGAAGCUGGAGUCUUACAGAAUUAUGAAUUACUGGCACUGUAGUUGUGCCAUGCACUUCUGAUGAAAGUCUGAAUUCUUAAAUUGUUUUAGCAAGCCUGGAGCACACAGAUAGGGUUACCACUUUUAAUACAAAAAAAUAAGGGACGCAUACUGCAGCGGGGGCCACAUCCCUUGGGGGCCAAGACCACAGUGAUCACAGGCCCAAUGGCAUGCCAGUGGUGGUAAAUCGCAACUUAAAAUAUGUUUUCAUGAAAGUAUGAACACUUGGACAUUAAAAUAAACUGUCUUUUAUUGAAAUGCAGUCAGUCUUUCUCUUUUACAACUCAACAGACUUCUCUAAUGAUAAUCGUAGCUGAACACAUAGGCAUAGCUGACAAUAAUUAACAUAGGCCGAAAUAGGUCAAACAAAGUGUGACAGUAACCACAAAAACAGGCUUUGGAUGACCUUGUGAUAUGUCAACCACAUUUUAAUAACUGUUUAAAUUUACAGAUUCACAACUUAUUAACUCUGAGUUAAAUAUUUUAUAUUCAGAAAUACAAUUGGAAAAAUAUAGAAAGUGCACAAAACUGCAAAGGAACCUUUCUUGAACACCAGUAGACCAGAACUAUAAGUGUGCAGUACUGGAGCAUGUCAGGUCUACUUUCUUUUGUAAGUGUACUUCUUGUCACUCCGUGCAGCACUGAGUAGCUGUUUGUCUUUUAAACAGCUAGAGUAAAACUCUGAACAGGACUGUUUAAAGUUGAGGGUGAUCAAGAGCUCACUCCUAAUGAGCUCCACAGAGCACCUGUUCCUGCUGUCACUCCAUUUAUUGGUCAUUAUGGAAAAGAUUCUUUCCACAUAGCCAGUUGAUGCUGGGAUGCUCAAGAUGUGGCUGAUUAUGUACAGCAUGUUAGGCAGGUCAGCUAUUUGAAAGAGAGCCACCCUCCUCUGCAUCAUCUUUGAGCCUCUUCAGAAUGGUAUUUGCUGUGGUGCAUUCAUCAUAGAGGUCAUCCAUGUUCACAUUUUGGAUAAGGUUGAGCUUAGUGAUCCUCUCAGUGUCACUGUAGGAAAGCAUGCCAUGUUGCAGAGAGAGAGGUUGCAGGAAGAACAGCCAGUUGUCCACAGAAAAGUCAAACCAUUUCUCAAUGUAUGAGAUUGCUGUGUUGAAAAAUGCUGUAAAAUCUGCCCUUGCCCUGUCUGCUUCAUGUGGGAGAAUAUUUUGCAGCUUUACUUUUGUUAAGUAGCCAUAAAAUUGGUCAUCUCUUCUCUGUGUGAGUUUUUGCUUGAAGGUAGACAUAAUGGAAUAUAUCUCAACACAGGUGGUUGAAUCACUAUCCAGCUUCUUGACCACUUCCUCAAAUAGGGAGAGGAUGUUAUUGGAGAACAGGAGAUAAACUUCCACAUCAUCCGGAUCUUCCUCAGUUGAGGCUUCACUGAGCUUUAACAAAGAUCUGAUCUGUCUGGGACACUCUUCUCCGAGGCUGAUGAAAUAAGACCUGAGAGCAGUCCAGGUUUGCAAAAGACGGGAGAUGGCUGGAUUGAGAGACAGCCACCUUGUUGAAACAUGUCGUAGAAUCUCAUGGAACUCCACAUCACAAAACUGGCAAAAGUCUUUAAGGGAUUCCCUUCGUUUGGCAGAUGUGGAAAAGUAGCCAUAGACCUUCAGCACAACAUUUUCCACAUCUACAGUAAGCUGGUCGAGAGCAUGCUUCACCGUGUUGUGCACAAUAUGGGCAUGGCAGUUCCCUUGCAGCAGAUCUUUUUGCUUUUUCUUUAGGUUAGUGAAGACAGAGUUGUGGAUUCCAUAAUUAACAUUAGUAUUGUCUGCACUAUAUGCAGUAACUUGACUUAAUGAUAAGCCAAAAUUUAUCAAGGGAUUGUUCUAUAAAACCUAUAAUACCAGCAGCAGACUCAUCUGCAUUUUCUCCAAAAUCAAGCAUUUUGUUACAGCUCCCCGUUUCUGGCCUGAAGUAUUGUACUGCAAGGGGAAACAUCUUCCUGUUCCCUUUAUUUGAUGCAUCUAUCUGUAUGGAGAAUGGGAGGGGUUUGUCUGACUUUAAGACAUCUACAACAUCAGCCACUGCUUUUGGAGCAAGGACGUCUUUGGCCAUUGCUUCAGCCUUUGUUCUCCCGACAGACAUUUUCUUUAUGAUUUUGGAGUCAUGCAGAAUCUUUUGGUUGAGCUUGUGUCCACAGUCAGCACUGAUGUAGCUGAUGUUGUGUUUAAUAGUGUGGUACACCUGCGUCAACUCAGCUGCUGUAACCUAGAGGAGAGGAGAAAAUACUAAUGGACCUAAUUUUAAAGGGUGGUAUUGAUAACAGAUUUUGGCUAAAAUAUUUGUCAUUAUUUGCAGUAACACCUAUCCAAACAUGGAAACAGCACAUACAUAAACGAGCUACAAACAUUAGCUAGUAAAGUUUUUAUAUAGCCUAUUUCUAAUUUUAAAAUAUGGAAAGUUGCAAUUUACUAGUUUAUUUUCUUUACAUGGGCAUUAUGUUGUUUAUUAAUGUAUUAAAUGUAAUGUUUCAUGUAAUAAAUUAAUGCUUAUGUGUCUGACUUAACCUUAAUAAACAAAUCAUAAUAUUA